AUGCGCGCCCAUGCCUCGAUUAUCAUUCAUCGCUGUAUCGGCCCGUGCAUUGGAGCUGUUGAUAAACAAGAGUAUGCAGAGGUCAUUGACCAGGGCAAGCUGAUUGGGCGCGACAACUUCCUGAUGGCAGGGACUCAGGAUGAUGAACCAAACAAGAUUCUCACUGCAUUCGUGAAGCAGUUCUACGACGCUACUCCUUAUGUGCCACCCCGCAUACUGCUUCAGCACCCGCUCGAAGAAGCAGACAGCAUCGUCAAGUGGCUGCGAGAAAAACGCAAAGGCAACGGUACAAAUGCAGUCGGCAGUAUGGUGGUUUUCGAGGACGCCAAGCCGAAGAAAGCACACUAUCGCCGCUUUCAGAUCAAGUCCGUAAAGGGAGUUGAUGACUACUCAAUGAUGCGCGAAAUGCUGACGCGCCGAUUCAAGCGCCUAUCACAGUCGAGGAAACCCCGCGAAUUGGACGCGCUUGAAGGCGAUGUAGAAUCGGCGGCAGUUUCCAAUGGCAAUGCAAGUAGCAAGAACGCUUGGGGCAUUGAGCCUGAUCUUGUGCUUAUAGACGGCGGCAAAGGACAUUUAGGUGCUGCACUGCAGGUAUUCUUGGAACUUGGCAUUAACGACAUUCCGCUUGCAAGUCUAGCGAAGGAAAAUGAAGAGCUCUCAUCCCGAUGA